AAAUUAGUACUGUGGACAGUAGAGGACUUUAAAUCGAUGAUUUGAUUUUAGAUCAAAGUUUUUUGAAUGAUGAUAUUGAUAUAUAAGCAGAUAUAUAAAAAAAUGAUUAUAUUAGGUAAAAAUAUAUAUAAAAACUGACUGUAAAUAGAGUUUUGAAAACAUAAUAAAAUCAUAAAAAUUAAACAAUUAUUAUUUUUGAUUGGGAUGAUACUAUCUUUUGCACUUCCAGCUUAUUAGUUUAAAAUUUUUAAAAUAUUACAGAAUAAUAAUAAAAAUAAAUUGAUAUUUUAGAUUAAACUGCAGCGGAUACUUUAAAACAUGUAGUAGAUUAUGGAAAUGUAUAUAUUAUUACAAAUGCUUAAGAAGGUUGGGUUUAAUAAACUAGUUAAAUGUUUUUGAAUUAAACUUAUUAGGUUAUAUAGGAAAAUAAUAUUAAAGUUAUAUCCGCAAGAAGUAGAUAUGAGAAUUAUUUUCCUAAUGAAUGCUAUUAAUGGAAAAUUGAGGCGUUUAAAGAUUUAUAAAAAUUUCAUGAUAAAUAAAUUGUUACUAAUUUAGUUUGCUUGGGAGAUUCUCAUAUAGAAAUGCAAGCUGCUCAAUAGUUGGGCAAAUAAUUUCAAUAAAUUUUAGUUAAAACUGUAAAGUUUAAGGAAUACCCGAGAAUAGAUGAAUUAAUAAAACAAUUACAAUUAGUAAAAGAUAACUUUGAAUAUGUUUUUUACGAAUUUAAAAAUCUAACAAUAAAACUAGAAAAAGCUCCUCUAUAUACUUUUGCUGAAGAUUAUGCUUUAGGUAAUGGUUAUCUAUUGUUAAGCUUAGGUGAAAAAGUAUAUGGAAACCCUUUAUCAUUAAUUGGAAGCAUUCAUACGAGAAUCUAGUAUUUUUCUUUUGAAAAACUUUUGGAAAAAUACGGCAUUAAAUUUGAAGUUUAUUCAAAAACUAAACAUAGUUUUUUACCUUUGACUAAACCUACCAAAGAAGAUUUGGAAUUUGCAUAAGCAAGAAACGAAGAAUUAUUAAAAGAAGUUCAAAAAAGAAUUGUACAAAAUCGUAGAAGAUAAUUUGAAUCAAAAGGAUUUAAUGAAGAAUAGGCUAUAUCUUAAUUAUUAAAUGGAUAAACAUUUACAUCUUAACAAGCUUUAUAAAAUGGGUAUUAUCUUUAUCUUUUAUUUAUUAUUUUAUAUUUAUAAAAAGAUUAAUUGAUGAAAUUGGAACUUUUUAUUAAUUUAAGUAUUUAAAUUAUCCAGGAUAUUAAAUAAAAUGCUAAGAAUAAGUAAUUAAUAGUUUAAAUAAAACUAAUUAUAGUUAAAAACUUGGAUUUAAAGCUAUUAUUAAUAUUUUAAGUGAUUUUAAAAAAUUAGAAGAAUAUAAUAUAAAUGAGUAAGAUUUUUAUGAAUUUUUAGAUUAGAAAUUAUAAUCAACUUAAUUUAUAUUUUAAUUAGAAAAUUAUUUGGCUGAGUAAUAUACUU